AUGUGCCUGCCGGACAUAACAACGGCUCUUUUGCUCCUUCCGGACAAAUUGCCUCUUCCGCGCAGAGCUCGGGAUGCGGAGAUGCUUCCGGACAGUAAUAGCCGCUGGGGCAUGACAGAGGAGACUCUACAGCUGCAGGGCAGUAGCUGCCAGAAGGACAAGGGAGCUGCUGUGAGGAACCUUGCUCACAAAGCUGCCCCGCCGGGCAUGGUGAUGGCGGAGCGUCUGCACCUUCGCAGAAGUACCCUGAACGUUCGGCGGGUAAAACAAACAAGGCAGCGCUAA